AUGCUGUGGUACGGCUUGGCACAUACUCUGCUCUCUUCUCUGCUGUUCUCCAGCUCUGUCAAUGCGGCCGCAACAACUGCAAUCUUCCUCUUCAAAGAUGUGCUGCAGUCCAACACGACGGCACUGAAGACGUCUGGCUUCAACACACUGCUCAUCUUCCGCAUUGGUGUGCUGGAAAACGGCGACCUGGUCUAUUACUCUACCGGCGAUGCUGGUGAGGCCGUCGACGCACCCGUUAUUACGGGCGGCGCAUACGUUGGAGGCUCAGCCCUCGCCGACAAGAUCAAGUCGUUCAAGACGGGGCAGACCCUCAUCGACCGCGUCGAGGUCUCGCUCGUCUCGCACGACGCGACCUUCGUCAACAUACGCAACCUGGUCAACGCGAACGGCACCGGUGCGGACACGCCUCUGUACCAGAACUUCGACGCGCUGAGGACGGCCUGGGACCUGGACGCCUUUAACAACGACGACGAGUCCGUCUACGACGUGAACAGCACCGUGAGCUUCGCCCAGCUGCUCGGCGGCAUCGGGUACAAGUACUCCAUCGCGCCCUACACCAACACCGGCUUCUGGGCGAGCGUCGUCCAGCAGCUGCCCGGCCUGCUCGACCGCGUCUAUCUCCAGGUCUACGACGGCGGGGCGGGCAACAACCCCGGGUCAUGGCAGGACUCCCUCGGCCUCAAGGUGACCCCUCUCGUCUGGGUCACCAACGACGCGGAGCCGAGCCAGGGCAAUACCCCUGAGCAGGCGCAGACCAAGUUUGCCAACUGGAACGCUCAGUAUUCCGUAGACGGAGGAGGAUACUGGAAUGAUUAUGAUGUAGAAAAGAUGGGGUCUUCUUACACCUCGUACGCCCAGGCGUUGACCAGUGUCUUUCAAGAAUAG